GUGUAGUUGAUCAUGGCGAGCUCAGCAUCUAGGCAUUCAUCGCUUCUGUAGUGAGUCUUUUAUUUUCGUGAUUCUGCAGCUUGUGAUCGUCAUCGUGUUGUUUCUGUCUGUAGUCGGUCCUGUUGUCGAGUUCUUUAUUAUAAAAAAUUUGGGGUUCUUCUUGCGCCACCUUUAAUACGAACGAGCGUACUACAACUAGGUGUUGCAUAUUUAAUCGACCACGCGUCGAAGAGUUGUAAGGAAAUCGUUGCGAUGUGCUGCUCUUCGUGGUGCGGGACAGGGAUAGCUACAGGACCUGCGCGUCCUCGACCUCCGGUACUUCCGUAAGAGAUGGCCUUGACAGUCCUGCAAAGGUAAAGAAGCCAGACGCUGAGUCACUCCUGACGAGCCACAGUGACGACCCGCCUGCUCGCAGUUGUUUCGUCUCGUGCAUGUUGCUCCUUGCUUGUCCAACAACCUCCAGUACGACGACCUUUCUGCCCCUGCUCAGCACGUCGCUCCACACUGCCACCCUGUACGGCACGGCCCACGAGAACUUGUUCUUCCCGGUGAAGAAAAGCUGCAAAUCGGUGCGCCGUCAUCUAUUUAUCCUGCUAUCGACGGUUUCGUCAACUACACCUUCCGAGGCACGGCACGGGCAUCAAAAUUCGCCGCAUCGAAGGAGGUGGUUGUGUGGUGCAAGAAAUUCUACCAGUUUUGUUCCGGUGUUACGACAUCGCGGACCUUCACGAGUUCUCAGCCAAGAGCUGCAAGGGAGUCCUCGCCGGCGGAAAAUGGCCACUAGUUCUGCUGCACCGACUUGCUCCGGAGGGCACGAGGGUGGACAGAAAACGAACACCCAAAAAUCCCAAACAUGGUAUAAAUACCAGUAAGUCCACCUCUAGGUUGUGUCUCAUUUACUUUUGGUGCACGUAGUUUGGAUUUGAUUACGAACAAGCUGAAAGUAGUUUAGUAAAAGUUCGCGCAAAACCAAAACCAUUUUUGAUCGUCAUCUUUCGUGUUUGAUCGCUCAGCAUAGCCAAGAACAUCGAUAUGCGGAUGGAAAAAACUCCAGGUGUGGUAUCGAUAUUGGGAGCGGCGUCACCAAAUGGUUGGUUGCCGAAGUGCAACGCGGACGCAUUAUCAGAGAACUAGCCUCCGGCGUAUGGCGUUCUCAACUGUUACAUUCUCAACUGUUACAGCAUGAAUUUGUGAUGCAAGAAUUGCAAAAGUGAAAGGGCGGAGGCUGCACCUCUAGCAUUACAAGUUCUGCACAGAAUUAGGUGCUGUUUAGCCCUUCGAAAAUUUGUCAUGCGAAGCAGCUUUCUCGUGUGGAGCUUGAUGCUGGUAGUUCUGCAUGACAAAUCCAUGUAACAGUUGAAUAUGUACAGAGUUGAGAACGCCAUACGGCGAAACCAAGCUUCCGUAUGGUCUCGUGUGGAAGCAGACUGGUAAUCUGACCCCCGAUAUCUGUGAUCGAGGACUACAAGCCAUCAGGCAUAUCGUGCACAAGGAGUUUCUGCAAAAGUUCUACUUCGGAGCUGACACAGAAUUGCAGGACCAGAGCGGAACAACCGAAGUGGCAGCGGUCAAGAAGUUCUCCCACGAUGUCGAUGACCCAAAAAAUGCACUUCUACAGCAGCUCGCACGGCAGAAUGUCUUUGCCAUUGGUACCGAGGUGUUUCGCAAGGCAACCGAGGGCUCAAAAUUUCUCCAGCGGGUGCAGGUGGAGACUGGUGUACAAGUGGAAUUGGUUUCGCAGGAUACCGAGGCCGAGCUUGGGUACGCCACUGGCAUCGCGACCAUGCAGCUCGAAGCGCAGGCGGGACACAACUUUCUCGUCAGAGGACCAGCAGAUGUCGAUGCCGUGGAUUAUGCUGUUGUACCGGAAAAGCAAGGCGGAAGUGGUUUUGUCACUGCGGAAAAGGACGUGUGGCAGCAAGCCUAUGACCUUGUCAGAGCCACACCCACAGCCACAGGGGGUGCGCCUGCUGCGCCAUCUUCGUCAUCUGAGGCUGUCCGCGGUACCGAUGCCGCGUCUGAACCUGCUGAACUUCCACAGAGCAACCUUAUCAUUUACGAUUCCGGUGGCGGCUCGUACCAAAUUGUGCAGAAAAGAACGCAAAAUCCCGACGCGAACAGCAGUUUCGAUGCGACGACGACGUCUCACAACACCGGAGGACUGCGGGCGUACCUGGGAGAAUACGGGGUGGCGCAUGGAACUCGUGAUUUUCUGGAAAUGCUAAAAUCCAUGGAGGACAGGAGGGGAACCCCUUUAGCCGAGCCGGCAACGAUAUGAGACUGCAUAACUCCCCCUCCCCCUCAUUUGUAUGGCAGGAGCAGCAAUACACGCAACAACAGACAAGGGGGCUUCGCAUGACAAAUAUGCACACGGAAUCUAGUACUGUUUGAGGUUGCGAAGUUUGUCAUGCAAACUGUGCUGGGAGGCAAGACGUGGAUUGGGUAUUUUGCAUUACAAAUGAGGGGGAGGGGGACGAGUUGUGCAUUCCCAUAAACGACACUGCUAAACGCGAACCCGUACCCAGUGACAAAGGCGGAGCUGGAGAGCUAUUUGGAUGCUUUGCGAAGCAAAAUGUUUCCGGAUGAAAUAUCAAACUUUCCAGGCGGAGCACGAAGCGGCCUGGGCGAAGCAAAUUCGGCUCAGGAUGCGUCUUGGCUAGUUAACGCGGAAAUCGUUGGAAUUGGAGGGCCCGACAGUAUUUUCAGGAUGGCGAGUGAGAUCAUUUACAUUUCCUCAGCUGCGUGGUCUUCGGAGACAGGAACGGAUAGCAAGAAAAAACCGCUUCUUGCCGGGUCACUUAGUUUUACCGGUAUAGACUACAUAUUAGUGUUGCUGGGUGUAGUACUUCAUCUCUGUGGAAAAAGGUAUUUUCAUUGAAUGUUCAUUUGCAUAUACUUCCAUCAUCUAGUAGCUGUAGGUGUAGCAUGGAAAAAAGGAAGCCGCUCUGAAGCAAAUUCUCAAACUGCACAGCUGCGGAAUUACGGGCUGCGAUCCUCAGCGAAAUUCCCGGGAAGAGUUCAGAAGCGCUUGCUGCUCAGUAUCUCCAUUGGCCCGGCGCGGAAGGAGCCCUGUAUCUGGUUCCGAAAGUUUGUACCGUGCUCACGGUAAUCGAAAAUCUAAAGAUUGCACGCUGUCACUGGCGACCCGUGCGGGGUUCCUGUUUGGGUCUGCUUCUUUUGAAGAGCCAGAGCAUAGCGGGCCAGGACCACGACCAGGAUUCUUUUUGAGAAGAAAAAAACGUUCUUAACAGCGACGUUGCUAUACAGUCUUAAGCUUGACUUUAUUUACGGCAUACUAGGUUCAAGAAUGCAUUUGAUCUAUUUUUCUGCUACAAACAGUACGAGUGGGAGGGGUAGAACGAGCACAGCGGGAUAAUCAAAAAAACAUGGCUCCAACGUCGAGGAAGAAAAAUCUAGUGAAACUGACACUCGGUCCUUCUUGUCGGCACGGAAGAACCAAGAAGAUGCAGAACUAGCACAUCAACCACACCUACAGCAAAUAUAAGGAAAAGAUACACGACACCUGCUCGUCCAUAAUUGCGCCCAGUGGCCCUGUCUCACGCUGGUCGUCAAAGAAGUGACGAACAAAGGCAUUUUUUCGAACUGAAAAAUUGAUGAGGCCAACAAAAGAAACGUGAUGCCGUUUCAGCCACGCUUGCUUCCAUGGUGGACUUGGAGUUGUGUUUGUUAGUGUUUCGUAAAUGAAUUUGCUCUGCGAGGAAUCGAUGGUCGUGUGUCAAUAGUUUCAUUAUUGCGA